GGAACAACUUGGAACUUCUGAAGACGUUGACUAACAAAAUUUCAUUUCCAUCCCGAUCUGUUCUUUGAAUUAUCAUCUCCAAGUAAACAUACAGCUCCAAUUAAUAAUAUGAUUCUUUGAACGAGAAGAAAAUGGCAAAUCCCUCAAAGCUAUACAGCUUAUGCUCUGUGCUAAUGGCUUCCCUCUUCGCUUACUCGGCCUCUGUGCAGUUGAAUGACCAUGAUUGGUAUUUCUGGUUUCCGCUCUAUGCAUGUGGGUGUGUGAUGAAUAUGGUAAACUGGGCCAUCUCCUUGAGAACAACAACAAUCAGGCAUAUUGCCAGGCUAUCAUUGUUGCUUGGAAUAUUUUUGUUCAUCAAGGUUGUAACAGAAGACUUUGUGAAUGGCAUAGCUGGGUUUUGGUCCCUGGAUUUGAGUCAGAGAGUGGUUAGAGAGAAAACUGGAAGUGGGUUGGUUGUCAUUUCCUUGAUUUUGCAGCUGGAAGCAUCAUUAGUCCCAGAGGACCCCUUGCCAAGAAAGAAAAAGGAGUUUCCAAAACUUGUCGAAUAUGGGAUGGCUAUAUUGGUGGUUUUCGGUUAUGGACUCCCGUUUGUAUUCUUUGUGAGCCAAAAAGGAGAAAUGAAGUUCUAAGUUGCCAUCAAUCUUUCACGAACAGAGUAGAGCACAGCUGUGGAUUCACAUAGACAUGAAAUGGAAUGAGAUGACCAGGAACAAUAAAUACAUGUGCCCCCUUCC